UCAUCCCACCACAUUAAGUUAUAUUCCACAUAUUCUUCAUCUAUUUCUUCAAAACUUUGGUUCAUCACAAAAAAAAAAAAAACACACUGAGCAAAAUGGCUCAAGCUAUGGCUUCAAUGACUGGUUUGCGCGGCUCCUCUCAGGCUGUCUUGGAAGGCAGCCUCCAGCUCAGCGGCUCAACCCGCCUGAGCGGAGCCGGCAGCACCCGCUUCGCCGUGUCCCGGCCAGGUUUUACCGUCAGAGCUCAGCAGACCGGAUCAACCGAGACCGAAACCAGUCGCCGAGCAGUACUGGGUCUCGUCGCCACCGGGCUGGCCACCGGGUCUUUUGUUCAAGCCGUGCUCGCCGAAGCCAAAUCCAUCAAGGUGGGACCGCCUCCUCCGCCCUCCGGUGGACUGCCUGGAACACUGAACUCUGAUGAGCCAAGGGACUAUGACCUGCCACUCAAGGAGAGGUUUUACCUGCAAGCACUGCCUCCAGCAAAGGCAGCGCAGAGGGCAAAGGAGUCUGCGAUGGAGAUUGUUGGUGUCAAAUCGCUUAUAGAUAAGAAAGCUUGGCCCUAUGUCCAGAAUGACCUUCGUCUUAGGGCUUCAUACCUCCGCUUUGAUCUCAACACCAUCAUCUCCGCCAAGCCUAAAGAGGAAAAGAAACCCCUCAAAGACCUCACUGGAAAGCUCUUCAAGGACAUCAGCGACCUGGACCAUGCAGCAAAGAUUAAGAGCCCAGCAGAAGCACAGAAGUAUUAUGCAGCGACUGUAUCUAGCCUGAAUGAUGUUCUUGCUAAGCUUGGUUGAAAGGAAUUUAUUUAUGUUCGCUUGUCUAAACUCUUUAUUUUCAGUUUCAUGAUUAUAUUUCGUAUGGUCGCAAUGAGUAAUUUUAAUAAUAAAUUUUUUUUUUCUUUUCCCAGAA